ACGUAUACAAAAGCAAGGAUAAAAUACGAUAGCAUUUAUACAGAGAGGUGUCAGCUGGAGCUCCACGGGACGAUUACUCCAAGUCUUGAACAAGUUAACAUAAAUAUAUAUACAGUGACAUAUAUUUUAUGUAAUUAGUAGAAGAAAUAUGUGGUUUUUUGGGAGAGGAAAAGGAGCUUCUGGCUUCUCAUACUCUUCUACUGCUGAGGAUGUCACUCAUGCUGUUGAUGCCUCUGCUCUCACUGCCAUCGUUACAGGAGCAUCCAGUGGAAUCGGAACUGAAACCGCUCGUGUCCUUGCAUUACGCGGAGCUCAUGUUGUCAUGGGUGUUAGGAAUAUGGCUGCGGCGAAGGAGGUUAAGGAAUCAAUUGUGAAAGAAAUUCCUUCAGCCAAAAUUGAUGCAUUGGAGCUGGACCUUAGCUCCAUGGCCUCUGUCAAAAAAUUUGCAUCAGACUACAAUAGAUCCGGUCGCCCGUUGAAUAUUCUAAUUAAUAAUGCAGGAAUAAUGGCAAUUCCGUUCAAGCUGUCCACAGACAAUAUAGAACUUCAGUUUGCCACCAAUCACAUAGGCCAUUUUCUUCUGACAAACCUGUUGCUGGACAACAUGAAGAAAACAGCUCGUAAAUCUAAAAUAGAGGGAAGGAUUGUAAAUGUUUCAUCAGAGGCUCAUCGAUAUUCAUAUCGCGAAGGCAUCCGUUUUGAUAACCUUAAUGAUCAAAAGGGGUAUAGCAGUUAUGGUGCAUAUGGCCAAUCAAAGCUUGCUAAUGUGUUGCAUGCUAAUGAACUUACAAGGCGCUUUAAGGAAGAUGGUGUAAAUAUAACUGCAAACUCACUGCAUCCAGGGAUAAUUGCUACCAAUCUAUUCCGCUAUCAAAACUCUGUUGCAGCAGGUUUUAUUGGUAGCAUUGGUAAAUUUCUCAUGAAGAAUGUUCAACAAGGGGCAGCAACAACAUGCUAUGUAGCAUUGCAUCCACAGUUGAAGGGAGUAAGUGGUGAGUAUUUUAAAAACAGCAAUUUGGGCAAAGCAACCGCACAGGCAACCGACACCAACUUAGCAAAAAAACUUUGGGAUUUCAGCAUCAGUUUAACCAAGUAACAAUAUUCCAAUUCAAAAUACUUGUCUAAAUCAUGGACCAGGGAGUACUAGGAUUCCACAGUGAAUAUCUUAAACAUGAUACACUUGAAAAGUAUUGUAUUUCAUCUUUCAAUUCAGUAUGUAGCUACGAAUGGAAGUUUACUGGAAUAUUCAGUGUACAAUCAAUAAAUCUGGGUAGUUCUAUGCUUA